GUGUUCCUACUCCAAUCACCCACCCAACCACCCAUCACAUGAACCUCUUAGGUGCUGGACACUCCACUAAUGAAUGUAUUGAGUAGUGAUUGCAGAUCACCUGUAGGAAGGGUUAACCCAUGUGUCUGCCCUCUCUGUCCCACACUUUAAUUUUGCAAUGGCCCAUCCAGCCAGGGGAGAUCACUGUGCACAGGAGAUCCCUCGGAGGGAAGGUUUGGGUGGUUUUUGGGUGAUCAAGCAGUGAGGAAAGUUUUGGGGAUACUCUGUAUAUAAUCUGAUCUGUAGUAUCAGGAGAUCCCAGAUCAUAAGACCUAGACUGAUCAACUGAUGAUCCGGUGCCAUGGAAGGGCCCAUGAUGGCUGAUGGCUUCUACCCGGAUUUUUCGGCCCUGGAGGAAGUCCUUCUACCGCCGAGCUUCGCAUCGGAUCACACCUGGAGCAACCUGGGCGAGGAAUGGACGAGAUUGAUUUCAGAGCUGCAAUGCUGCGAGCUGCCGCACGGUGUCGCCAAAGAACAGCCAGACUCGGCUUCCUCAAUGUGCGAGCCCAUCGUGCGCCCUGACAAGCCAUGCCGCAGAAGAUCCACCAGAGGGCGCAAGCGUCGCUGUAGCAGCAGGUUCUCUGAGGGGAAGGCUGAGAAAUGGUGUCAGUUACAGGGCCAUACCAAUAAUUUGCAACAUUUCGAGCACAGAAUGUCAUGUAUGGUACAGGUUUCAGAACGGACAGUUUUGAGUCUAUUGGAGGAAAGUGUAAAAAAUAUUCCAAAGUUUGAAAACAAGGAGGACCAUGCUCAUAAUGGCCGUAGUGUGAUCAAUGACUUUAAUCGGACUUCUGUUCUAAGGAAUUCUUACAGAAGGUCCCAAAGCUCUCCUAGUAAAUCUAUGGAGAUUCUGAAUCGUAUUAAUUUGGAAUGCAACCAAUUAACUAAACUAGGACUAGAAGAAGAGAGCAAACUUCUUGUACAGUCCAAGGUUCAGAAGGAUUGUAGAGGACAUCUUGAAAUUAACAAUAAUAUCCUUAUGUUGGAUAGAUCUUGCUUACCAUCCACUAGUGAGGAACAAGUUGUUGAGGAUCCAGAAUGGGUAAACACUAAUACAAAUGGUGAACCUUUGUGUAAAGAAUGCCACUCUAGUACCUUAUGUAAAGUACAGAAUGUGAAGAAGAAUGAAGAUCAGUCUCAAGGAAGCUCAAUAAUCAAUGGAUCAUCAGAUACAUUGAGGUGUUUUCAGAGGACUCCCAGGAAGCAGAAGACCCCGAUGAGAAGUAUGGAAAAGACUGACCCCACUUUCCAGGGUAUUGAGUUUCAGAUGCAUCUCUGUUUUGAGAAGGAAACAUUUGAUGAUUACCGGCUGAUUGUUUCAUCAUUUUACAGCAAAGGAAGGAAUUGGAGAAAGAGCACAAAAUCCAGACCCCGGAAUAAAUCAAGUUCACUGUUCAGUGGUUCAGAUGAUGAUCCAACACAGACCGCAAGAAUUAAACGAUGUGCCUCUUGCAAGACACAGAAGACUCCCCUGUGGCGCGAUGCGGAGGAUGGGACUCCGCUAUGUAACGCCUGUGGCAUCAGGUAUAAGAAGUACGGCAUGAGGUGUGGACAGUGUUGGAAUAUACCAAAGAAAGAUGGCAAGUCAUGCUCCAGAUACUGUGGAUGUGGAGGGGUGUUCAGGGCUCUAAUAUGAGAAUCUGGAAGCUGGUGAUCUAUAAAUUCAGGAAUUUAAAAAAAGGUUCCAAGGCGAAAAACAAAAGGCAAUGUUCUUCACAAGCUCAUGUUUAUAACUGUUUACAAAAAAAAUAGCAUUCAUAACAUGUUUUUUUCAAAGCAAUAAAGUUAAUUUAUAUUGUU